AUGGUGGCAGUCGGUUUCGAAGGAGGUCGAGCCCCUCUUCGGCUCGUUCAACGGCGGAAAGAGGUUCGCACGGGAGGUGACGGGUACCGGACUCGGACGAGUGCUCCCACUCGAUCGGGAGGUCAGCUUGGAGUGCCUCUGACUGGCCUCAAUGCGGAGGCCUGGCUGGGGCCGCAGCUGCGCGUCUUUGUGACCUCAGAGGGAGCCGAUGACUCUCCGGCGGUCUGCGUGCUCGCUGGAAUGAGCGCCUUCUGCAGCAGAUGCUCAGAACGGGAGCGGUGUCCGCACGUAAAAAGGGUGCUUACAGCAACGGGGGGAGGAGAUGGGGUUCAGAGCGGGCCUGCUCACAAGGCUACCAAGAGGGGAGCAACAAACUCGGACAAGCGUGCGGAGAGGUCAGCGCUUCGAGCGUCUGGACAAUGGAAGCUCUGGGUCUGCAACGACCCCAUGUGUCGAAGGCCCGACUUAAAGGUUGCGUGCGUGCAUGGAGGCACGCUCGAGGAGUGGGAGUGCCUCCCUGCAGCAGCCUUGGACAUGGGGCACAGCCACAAGAAGAUCGACACAGUCAUGAGCAGGGGUGGGCAGCAGGUCACGAGCCUCUGCGAACGAUGGGGUGAUGAGGGGAUCCGGAAGCGGGAUGGGGCAAAGUACUUCUGUGCGCCGAGGCCCGAGGACGCCAUCUUCAACUUCUCCGGGACGACGCUCAUCUCGCACGGCCUCCUGCUGCGCAACCACUUUGCGGCAGCCUUGGGUGCUUCCCAUUCGCUCAACUUUGACGCCAACAACAUGGCGACCAGAAGCCUCGAAGGCCCGAGCGCAUCCAGGCUGGACGACCGCGUCUUUGACGCAGCGAUGCAGGCCUUCAACGAUCUCGCAGCCCGGCCUCGGAUCCAGCACGUCUGCAAACGUCCUGAUUGCGCUUAUCUAUACACGUCUGAAGUUCGAGCUGCUGAGGCAGAGGCAGAGAGAGCCGGAUGCCCACUCCAACCGGAGCGGACCGAGGGGCCGCCCCUGAAUCUUUCAACCUACGCCUUCAGCCGGGAUAAGGUCAUCACGUUCGACGGCACAUUUUCCCCCAACUCCAGAGCUAUGCGGGACAGCAACGAGGCCUCUCUGUAUAGCAUAUGUGAGCCGGACCCGGGCGCACCUCGCGUGGCAGGGGGUUUCACCCCUCUGGGCGUCGGUGGGAUGCGGCCCUCGGACGUUCCUCUCGAGGGGAUCGACUGCCCUUCGAAGUUUAGGAACGGGCUGUCGGAGCUGAGGCCGGCCGUACGAGCAGCGGCCUUCCGAUGGUGUAACUUUUGGAAGGGCCAGGGUCAGGGGGCCAACUCGCCUCUUUCGGCGGAGGAGUUCGUUGCCAUGCGUCAGGGGUUGCCGGCAAACGUGAGGGCCCUGAUCGACCUUGCGACAGAGUCCGGGAGCUGCGCCGACCCUACGACAUGUGCGGUCUGCAAGGCUGUGCCCCGGAGGCCCUGGAUGGAUGGAGUUUUGAAAGGGGGCCCGGUAGCGCCCACAGGUUGGUGCCCGACCCAUUUCCAGCCAUACGCGGCCCUCGUGCACGCUCUCCUGAUACCCCGCUACAGCUGGGUAUUCGGGCACAUCGUGACGCUGAAGCUGCUUCGACAUCUGUUGCUCGAGGGGCCAGUUGACGAGAGGGGGCUCGCUUAUCUCACCAACGAUGGGCCAAUGCUAGCCGCCAUCCUUCGGCUGCACCCAACGGUCGGAGUGCAAACGGGUCCUAGGCAAUACGCCUUUCCAGCGGCACUACGUCCGCUCGUCCGGGACAUCUACGCAACCAACCUCCUCUGUUUCGAACCGAGUGCCAACCGUCCCAGUGCCUCCAGUGGUCGCUCCCCUCUUGCUGCGCUCCUCGAUGCUACGGAGCAUCUGUGGUUCUUGGAGCGUGAGAGGCUCAGAGCGUGCAUGGGGGCCGUAUCAAUCUACGCUUUCCACCCGCUACUCUAUGGGCGGCCGCAAUUCACGGAUUGGGAGGACGCGUCGGGGCGGGGAAAGAAGGGCUCCGAGGAGCGGCUCGCGCAGCACUGUGGGGCCCCAAAUCCUCGGUCGUCCAAGAGCCGAGCAGGGAUGUUCAUUGCAUGCUGCCAGGAUCGGGCGCCCCUCGGCUAUCACUGGCUUAAGGGCGGCGAGAGCGUAUCAGAUUUGGGAACGGUCCUGAUCACACGCUUCCCCUUCAAGACCCUGCGCGGCCUGACGGUAGUGGAGGACGCCGCCUGCAACGCCCAGGAAUGGCUUAUCAACCG